CCAGUAAGAAGGUUACUUACAGUACAUUGUUGUUUAUUGUCGUAUUCUCCGAUUAAAGGAAUAUCAAUUUUAUCCAAAAUAUUGACUCUCUUUCAAGUUUUAACUACUCAGAAAGAAAACUAUUUCAUUUGCAAGUAGGUAUGUAAAUCAAUCGCUUUUGUAGUUUACCAACAGGUAUAUCUGUUCCACCUAACGAUUUUGUGAUGUUAGUAUUCCUCCAUAUAAGGUUUUUGAUGUCAUUUACGGUAUUAGCUCAAAUUCUUAAUUCAUUCCCAUGGCAUUCUAUUUGUUCCGUUGUUAGCUAAAAAAGGUUAUUAUUCAUUACUUUUGUAAGUAGGAAAGUUUAUUUUUCAAUCAUAACGUAUUCUUUACUUCUUUUACAACUUUGUGGUGACAUUUUGAUGAUUGCUGAAGAUCAGAGUUAAGGAACUUAAAUAACUUGUUGCAAGUAAUUGUGUUUUAUAUAGGUGAAAAAUUUGUAGCUAAUCAACACUCAGUGACUAAAGAUGAGGGUGGUAUUCAGUCAGCAGUGGUGACCUAUAACUAAGUCAAUUAUCAUCAAUCAUUAGUCAUGAUGUGUCAUUAGUCUUGGUGUGGUCCUCAUUAUUAGUUAUUAAUCAUAAUGGACAAUUAAAAUGCUUAAUGUACACGAAGUCAUUGGAACAGUUAAGGCCUUAGUUGGUUUCUCAUUCUUAUGCAGAAUACUUGUUUUUUAGUUUAUGCUUCAAUUUGUGUUAGUGGUUGCAAUUAGUAAUUAGUGUGCUUGAAUUUUGAGAAAUUGUUAUUAUUUUUGUUCAAUUCACAAUGGAAUAUAGUGAUAGUUCUUGUUCCCUGGGUUCAGGUUUUAAUACAACAAAUUUAGGGGUGGCUGUUAGUCAAUUUUUUAUACCAGUCCCUCAAAAGUGUUCUCCGACUAAAAUUGUAGCUUUGUGUGUCAAAUGUCUGCCAACUGCAGUAGAAAUUAAAGGGUAUGGUAAAUCAUCUUCAAAUUUCCUUAGUCAUCUUAAACGGAAACAUGGAGAGACUGCUCUGGAAGAGUACAGACGGAUUACAGAAGGCAAAAGAUUUAAGGAAAAUAGUAAUGAUGGAAGGGAAAUUGGCAUGCCAAUUUUACCUAGAAACAAAAAACAACCAAGUCAAUUGGAAUUUGAAAUCAAUAUUCUUAAAUUUCUUUCACAUACACAAGUUCCAUUGAAGACUGUUGAUAAUCCUUAUUUUAUAAAAAUUUUUGAACAUCUUGACAUAUCAAGAAAAGGCUUAAGUCUUAUUAGUUACAAUGAUGUUGUUAAAAAAAUGGAAACUCUUGUUCAAAAUAACAAGAAUUUUCUAAAGUUAACUUUUAAAAACUUAAAUUAUGUAUGUACUACUUUAGAUAUCUGGUCUGGAAUCCAAAAUUUUGUUUUGGGCAUUACUGCCCAUUGGAUUAAAGAAGAUUUAGAUCGAGGUUCAGCAGCAAUUGCAUAUAGAAAAUUUCAACGUUCAUUAUCAGUAGAAAGAAUUUCUCAAUUAAUUACAGAAAUCCACAAUGAUUAUGGACUUAGCCAUGCUAAAAUAGUUGCUACAAUGAUGGAUAAUAAAAAUGAUUUUUCAAAAGCCUUGGAAGAUUUUGGUGUCAACAAAAAAUUUAUAGUAACAAAUGAGUCCGUCGUUAGUGAUGAUUCUGAAUCAGAAUCAGACAGCGAAUUUCAAAGUGAUACUAAAAUCCGUUUAUGUUCUUCCAUAAUUAAUGAGCUUUCUUCUUUAUUUACUUAUAGUUUUAGAUGUUGUAUACAUGAAUUAAACUUAUGUGUCGCUAAUGAUGUUCUUAAUGUCAUUAAAGAGUUUGAAACACUGUACAAUGUCCAUAACCAAGUAAUUUCUAAGUGCAAUGCACUAUGGCAAGUUGCAUCCUCCUCAAAUGCAGCUGAUGCAAUUCAAAAUAUCCUUGGGAAUAGUUUGUCGGUACCACAAGAGGGCUCAUGGAACUCAUUCUAUGAUGCCCUUAAAAGUAUACUCUCCAACAAAGGUAAAUACCAACAAUUUUAUGACAUACUGAGUAUUGAAAAUACAUUGACAGAAUGUGAUUUUGAAUACAUUGAUGAAUUUUUAACUUGUACUCGACCAUUUACUGAAGCAAUAGAAAUAUUGCAAAGUAAAAGACAUUCUUAUUAUGGUGUUGUUUUGCCUCUUUUGUUUGCAUUACGCCCUAAAUUAGAAAGAUUAUCUAACAAUAAUUGGAUUUAUUGCAAGCCAAUAUCCCAAUGUUUACUGACUAGUGUCAACAAAAGAUUUGAACACUUCUACAAUUUUACGACAGAAGAAUCACUAAAUGCUGCCAUAGCCUCUGUUACUCAUCCUGAAUUUAAGAACAGAUGGUUUUGCCAAGUUAAAUCUGAAAAUCAAAAAAAGAUUUUACAGACACUGAAGGAAAUAGUUGCUGCAGAAAUUAACUUGGCCCAAGAUAGCUUACAAAGUACGUCUAAUGAACAAUCUGUUUCUGAUUUUUUUGAUUUUGGAGAAAAUACCAUUGCAGAACAAUCUUCAGAACUAAAAAUAAAUCAGUUUUUAAGUGAUCCAAACAGGAAAAUUGAAAUGUUGCAUAAAUAUCCUGAAAUUAAGGAAAUUUUUAUCAAGUAUAACACUCCUAUACCAUCCUCUGCUCCAGUUCAACAAUUAUGUAGUUUUUCUACCAUGAAAAGUUUAACUAGGUCUCAUAAUUUAGAUAGAAAGCGCUUUGAAACCAGAAUUCUAUUGAAAGACAUGGACAGUUGGGAAUCGCGUCUUCAUGGUGAUCGUCAGUGGGAAGGUGAAGAUUCUAAUCAGGCAGGAGCAGUCAAAGAUUCAUGGGAUCAAGAUUCUGACACUGAAGAAGUUAAACCACCACCCCUUUUACCUCAGGCUCCUCCCAAAGCUUCCUCUACCAAGAAAUCAAUCAAAAAAAUCUGUAAAGAAUACGACGAAAAAGAAAAAAGGGAAGAAGAAGAACGACAAGCUCGUCGACAACGACUUAGAGAAGAACUAACUGUAGGUGCUAAUUCAGAUCGGCUACGUAGAAGGAAAUUACAAGAGGCUGCUGAUCUUAGCUUAGCGAAGGAAGUAUUAGGUCUCGUAUGCCCAAAAUCCGUGAAAGAUGAUUCCAUACAGACGUGAUAAUGGAUUAAAGUAAUCUUCGGAAAGAUGUAAUUUUUUAUUUUAAAUUUUAUUUUUUAUUGUUAUUUUUUAUAUAUACGAACUAUUUUUAUUUUACUUUGUACAAUAAAUAUUUAUUACUGAAUACAUUAUUCUUCAGAAUAUAUCACAGAAACAUUAAUAACGACUGGUUUUCAUGUUGUUUUAUUUUUAUUGAUAUUUGAUCUUGCAUAACUAUAUCAUUUGUUUUGUUUAUUGAUGGUUUUAUUUAUUAUGUAAAUGGAUUAUGAUCUAUAUUUUCAAUUUAUAACCGUAUCUG